AUGAGUUUUAAAUGUAUUACUUUUCUACUACUUUUUAUUCCUCACACAUUCGUAACCAAUCGCAGAAUCUUCCGAGAUUUCAAGUUGAAGCAGAAGGAGUAUUCGAUAAUAGCUCCGAGUAGAUCAGUUCAGGGUCAGGACUUUAAUGUGAUAUGUCAAUCGGCAAAAUGUGGUUACAAAUCUAACACUAUAUACAAUGUUGUGAAUCCUGAGUGUGGUAAUUAUUACACUUGUCAAGAAUGUCCUCCUUCCUUCGGUACUGAUAUUUGUUACCUCGGAAUUACUAAUUCCGACUGGAUUAAUGUUACUGAGGGUCACAUGACACUUUCUAAACACGACCGAGUCUUCGAUCAUCAACCCAAACCCACCAAACCAAACACUAAAAAUACCUACGACUACGAUGAAGAUGAAGAUUCAUUCCUACAAAUUGACACAAAUUGGGAGGCGUAUGGUAUGAGUUUGGUGGAUAAGAUAAUAACAUCGCAGACGUUUAAGUAUGUUGACCACCACGACGACAAAUGGCUAAUGGAGAAUAAACGACAGUGUCAAAUCGACCCCGAAGGCAAUUUAGAACUCUCCAUACGACUCAUGUUCCAAUACUACAAAAGCCCACUCAUCACAGACAACAACGAACAACAAGAAGAAUUGUCCACACUACAACUACGUUCACAUACCUACACUGACAACUCUGGUGACUCAGUUGACAGUAACCCCGUUAACUCCAAUAAAUCUGUUAACUCUGAUAACUCAGUCAACCAAGGUGAUAAUGUUGUGUUGUUGGAGAAGGGUGAGGAUUAUUAUGAUGAGGACGAGGUUGAGAAUAAUGACAACUUCUUUUCUCACAUGGCGAAGAAGGGUUUAAAAUACUCAGUCAACACUGGGAAAGCGUUUAAGGACAAGUUAUCAGGUGCUUUCCGGUUCCUGUACCAGAAGGCGCAGGUAAUCAUGGCGAAGCCUGAGGUCCACAUCCACUUCGUCGUGGAUGACAUUAGACUAAAGAGCUGCAGACAGCCGCUCUCGUGGAACGGUGACAUGACUUCAGGCGCCAUGAUCUUCGUCGGGAACCAGAACUUUAAAAUCAGCCACACAGUACUAAACGCAGAUUUCCUCAAAAAAGGCAUCAGAGUCAACACCAGCGUCAAGGGAGUCUACGAACUAUCCUUCAACUCGUGCAUUCAAAUACAUUGCACUAAACGACAACGCCAAUUCGGCCAUUAUCCUACACACGGGUUCAAUCUAUCACAUAAUCUCUCACAUCUUCUCAAUAUCAAUCCAAUCAAUUCAGUUGGUAGUGUUAACGGUGUUAAUCCGGUUAACAGUGUCAGUACAGUUAGUCCUGUAAAUCCCGUAAAUCCUGUGAAUCCUGUGGUUCCGAUGGGUAUGAAUGUAUCAAAGCCUGUGAUACAGCCGCCGUCACAACCAGUAACUAAUAUACCAUCAUUCAAUACUAACCAGGUAACUAGUGCUGCUGUAAACACUAGUAACCCUAGUAACCCAGUAAACACAGUGAAUCAGGUGGUCAAUGAGGGUGAUGAGAAGAGGAAGAAGUUAUGGUUGUAUGGGUCAAUUGGAGUAGUAAUAUUACUAGCAGCAGUUUCAGUCCCAAUCAUACUCAAAUUGAUAUCUCACUAA